AUAUAAACAGAUAAAGGUUUGCUUUAAUUAUUUUAUUACCAACAAAUUAUUUAGUAAGUAUAUUAAACCAGUUGGAUUAUUUGCCUAUCGCCUCUCGUAGAUAUUUGUCUAUUUAUCUGUAAAUAAUUAGAGCAGUGUACCCCAAAUGGAGCAACUGCAACGAUGUUAUCUCUAACUUUAAUUGUGUUAUUCGUGUUUGUUCAACCAAUAGUUUCGAAGCAGUGCCUUAUCAUUGAAGAUCUUGUCGAUGAAGAACUAUGGAAUUAUUUUGCAGGUUUUUGGUGUUACUACUACACCAGCGACUUAGUAUGGAGAUAUGAGUAUAUAAUAACGGCGAUUUCUUUUAAUAAUGAAACCUAUUACGUGUAUGCUUUAAAUGUUAACGGGUCAGCACUUCUACUAGACUUUAAAGAUGAAGCAUCAAUGGCAUAUAUCAAAAACCAGUUUCCAUCGGACGCAGCUUAUCGGUUCUAUUUGGCAUGUAAUCAAGAUUCUGUAAACUGUUGCCAAGAUGAGAUGGAUGAAGAUAAUAUUCGUUAUAGUGAAUCAUACUGUCCAGUCAUUUGGGAUUCUUGGACAUGUUUUCCACAAACGAAAGUUAACACUACUGCUAAAAUGCCUUGUAGCAGUCAAUAUUAUGGAGCUGAUAGUGAUAUAUGCACCCUGGAAAGUCAAAAGAAAUGCAUCUGGAACAACGCAACUCAACUAGCAGAAUGGGUUCAGUCAACAGACUACUCAACUUGCUCAACAGUUCCACUUUAUAAAAGACGAUACAACUUCCAUGUGAUAUCUUUAAGCGUCUGUAUCGUUUUUUGUUUACCGGCCAUCGUUAUCUUUCUAAGCUUUGAAAAACUAAGAAAAACGAUUAGAGUAGUGCUCCACAGGAACUUACUGAUAGCAAUCUGCAUCCGCUGUAUGUUAACGAUUAUCUCCAAAGAAUUGAUAUACCUUGAUGCUCUUAGGGAAGAAAGUUACCAUACAAUGGAAAACAACGGGGUUGUAUGUCGAGCUUUAACUUUCCUGGAAAGCUCAGCAGUUAAUGGUAUUUAUGGUUGUAUGCUUCUCGAUGCCUUUUACUUACAUAAAGUGAUUGUGAGGGCGUUUGCAAAAGAAGUCAAGAUGAAAUACAUCUACACAGUAUUGGUAGCUUUGACUUUCACAUUUAGCACAGCCUGGGCAGCAUCAAUGGCUUCCAUCAACGCAAAAUUGUGUUGGUUAUCUUCUAACAACUUGCAAUGGAUAAUGGAUGGUUACAGAAUAGCUAUCUUGUUUAUUAAUACUGUUUUAUUGGGUGAUAUUAUAAGAGUGAUGGUACUUAAGAUAAAGCAUGGAACUACUACCGAACAGACGAUGGCAGCGUUUAGAGCCACGAUAUUUCUCAUUCCAUUGUUUGGACUUCAUAUCAUUCUCACGGCUAAUAAAAUCGUAUAUGACAAAUCCUGCACAGCAGAAGAUGUAUAUGAAUACGUUCGGUAUACAAUGGAAGGGCUUCAAGGGAUUGUAGUAUCCAUUAUCUUCUGUUAUGCUAAUAAAGAGGUUCAAGGAGAAAUUAAAAAUAUGUACAGAAAACUAUGUAUAUACUUAAAUCAAAGGUUUGAUUGGCACUUGGGUGAAAACUAUGAUAAAAGAAGAGCUACAACUGCUACUUUUGUACAAGAUAAUUAUAAUUAAGUUAAAGUGUAAUUAAACAAAUAAAAUUUGUAUUUGAAAAGAA